AUGUUCACCAAGACUGUUGCCGCCGCGUCGGCGCUGUCACUCUUUGCAUCGACUGCCGCUGCUUUCGAUGCCAGUGCGAAGAACAAUGUUGCCGUCUACUACGGACAAGGUUAUGACCAGGAUCGUCUUAGCCACUUCUGUAGCCAGACCACUAUGGAUAUUGUCAACAUUGGUUUCAUCAACUCAUUCCCCCAGUAUUCUGGUCAAUGGCCUGGUUCCAACUUUGCCAACCAGUGUGAUGGCAACUUUUUCCCCGGCUCAGAGCUCCUCUCUGGUUGCCACCAGAUCUGGGAGGACAUUCCUCUGUGCCAGGCCGCUGGAAAGAAGGUCCUGCUCUCUAUCGGCGGCGGUACUGCCAAUCAGGCUCUUCCAGAUGACACAACCGCUGAAUGGUUUGCCGAUUUCCUGUGGUACUCCUUCGGUCCCUACAACUCCGAGAAGGCUUCCCUGGCCUGGACCGAUACGUUGCUUGGCGCCUACCCCCGUCCCUUCCUAAACGUCUCGGUUGAUGGAUUCGAUUUCGACAUUGAGAGCCAUGGAAGCACUGGAUGGUCUGCCAUGAUCGACCGUCUCCGCACACACUACGAGGAGGUCCCUGAAAAGACCUUCUACAUCUCCGGUGCUCCCCAGUGCCCCACCCCCGAUGCCCAGCUUGGCGAUGCCAUUGACAACUCUGUCUUCGAUUUCCUCUGGGUGCAGUGGUACAACACCGCAUCCUGCUCUGCCGCCGCCGGUGUUAACGGCACUGGCGUGUUCAACUUCGACGCGUGGGUUGAUGUCAUCCGCAAUAGCGCCAACAAGGAUACCAAGCUCUACAUUGGUCUUCCCGGCUCUGAGGAUUCUAGCAACCCUGGCUACUACUUGACUCCUGCUCAGAUCCAGCCCCUCGUCGAGACCUACAUCGAGCGUUACCCUAAGGAGUUUGGUGGUAUCAUGAUUUGGGAGGCUACUUCUGCUGAUAACAAUCUCAUCGACGGUGCUACCUUCACUGAGCACAUGCAGGACAUCCUAUACGGUUGCGCUCCUCCUCCUGCCCCGUCCUCGACCGCUACCCCGACCCAGAUCUCCACCUCUUCUCCUGUCAAGUCCUCCACCGUUCCUCCCUCGAGCUCGGCCACUCCUUCAGCCUCGCCUGUCUCGUCUAGCACCGUUGCUCCUUCCAGCUCUGCUACUCCCUCUGGCUCUGCUACUCCCUCUGGCUCUGCUACUCCCUCUGGCUCUGCUACUCCCUCUGGCUCUGCUACUCCCUCCGGUUCUGCUACUCCAUCCGGCUCUGCUACUCCUUCCGGCUCUGCUACUCCUUCCGGCUCUGCUACUCCCUCCGAGACCCCUUGCGAGUCAAGCUCUGCUACCGUUGGCCAGUCAUCUUCUGCUGCCCACUCUAGCUCUGCUACUCCCUCCAGCUCUGCUACUCCCUCCGGCUCUGCUACCCCCUCCAGCUCUGCUACUCUCUCCAGCUCUGCUACUCCCUCCGGCUCUGCUACUCCCUCCGAGACCCCUUGCGAGUCAAGCUCUGCCACCGUGAAGCCGUCCUCUUCUGUGCCUGUGACCCCCUCCGGGACUCCUUCUGCCCCCGGUACCCUGACCAUCCCCUCCGUCUCCCCUACCAAGCCUGCCUCCUCCGCCCCGGCUAGUGAGACCGCCUCCAGCUCUGCCGCUCCUUCCGAGACCCCUUGCGAGUCAAGCUCUGCUACCGUUGUCCAGUCCUCUUCCGGUGUCCCUAGCACCUCUGUGGAGGCUUCCUCUACCGGAAAGCCCACUCCUAGCUCUCCUGUCGGCCCUCACCCCACUGGAUCCAGCUCUACUCCUCUGGUGCCUACCGCCUCCUCCAGCAGCUCUGUCCCCGCCACUGAGUCGGGUGCCUCCUCGGGUGCCUCCUCUGCCACACAGUCUGGUUCUUCCUCCGCCACUGAGUCUGGUGCUUCUUCCACCGUCGGAACUGCCAGCUCAUCCGGCGUCCAGCCUACCGGUGCUCAGUCUUCCGGUGCUCAGUCUUCCGGUGCUCAGUCUUCCGGCGUCCAGCCUACCGGUGCUCAGUCUUCCGGUGCUCAGUCUUCCGGCGUCCAGCCUACCGGUGCUCAGUCUUCCGGUGUCCAGCCUACUGGCGCCCAGUCUACCGGCAGCAACUCUGUCACUGUCUCGUCUGGUGUCACCAUCACUGCCACUCCCUCAGUGACUGCCACUCCUUCCGAGGCCCCUGGAACCAUCACUACCAUCAUUGUCACCUCCUACACCGACAUCUGCCCCACUGGUUUCACCACCAUCACCACCACCAUUACCACCACCUGGUGCCCUGGUAACUCCCCUGCCACUGCUACCGCUACCGGCACCGCCCAGAUCACCGCCCCUACUGGCACCGCUGAAGUGACCGCUCCUACCUCCGGCCCGGCCACUUCGACCGUUGAUAUCCCCGAGGGCUGGACUACUACCGUCACUGUCUGCACUCACUGUGCUGCUACCCCCACCACUGUGACCCUCACCAAGCCCAUUGUCACUGCCCCGGUCACCACCGAGGCUGCCGCGCAGACCACCGCUCCUUCCGUGCCUGAGGGUUACACUACCACUGUGACUUUCUGCCCCAAGUGUGGUCCCACUGGUAGCACCGUUACUGCCACUGUCCCUAUCACCACUGCCACUGCUCCCGCUACUGGCUCUGGCUCUGGCUCUGGCUCCAACUCGGGCUCUGGCUCCGGUUCUAACGGUAGCUCCGGCUCUGGUUCUUCUGGCCAGGGCUCCGGUUCCGGCAAGCCCCAGGUCACAGUGACCGGCGUCGCCCCUGUGGCCCCUGCUGCUUCUUCCAAGGUAAUUGUUGGCACUGGAGUUGGAGGCUUCCGCCCCGGCCGCCCCUCCUCUACUCUGGUCUUCCACCCCUCAGCCUCGGCCUCCGUGUCGGCUGUGCACACUGUCGCGACCACCGCUGCCACCGCUGCCACCAACACCCCCGAGGUGCCCAGCAGCACUGAUGAGGGUGUCUCCCCCGUUUACACCGGCGCCGCCCCCAAGGCUGUUACCGGUGUCUUCGGUGGCAUCUUCGCCAUCGCUCUCUCCAUGUUCAUGAUUCUGUGA